AUGGAGUCUCCCAAGUCAGACAGCCGUCCCAUCUUUUCCAGACGCUCAACUGGCUCCAACAAGUCGCUUUCCCUCGACCUCUCCUCCCUGCCGCCUCUGGUCCAGCCGACACCGCCAUCAAACACCCUCCUCCUCACAAACUUGAACGACACCAACGUCUUCCGCCCUGAUAACCUCCAGACUAUCCGCGACCUUAUCUCCAAGACGGCGCCCAUUCACUCUUUCGCCCCCCUCAAGUCUUUCCGCCGUAUCGUCGUCUCCUUCUUCUCAGAAGACGACGCCAUCGCCGUCCGUCGCAUCUGGGACGGUGAGGCUGUCAUGGGCGAGCGCGUCCGCGUCUACUUCGGCCAGCCCACGCCGGUCGAGGUCACCGACCGUCACCUUGCCCUCCCCGAUGCUGGCAAGCUCUUCUUCAUCUCCCCCCCUCCCUCUCCUCCUCACGGCUGGGAGAUGAAGCUGGAGGACGCCCCUAACAAGAUGGUCCACGCCGAGGAUCUUGCCGAGGCCCUGGCCAAGCUUGGUCACCGCCCCUCCGGUGUCGAGACUCCCAUCAGCCCCAUCGACGGCUCCCACCAGACGCGCAGCCGCAGCUCAACACUUCUCUACAAGCCCGACGCCCAAGGCGACAGCCCAGAUCUUCCUGCCAUCUGCCUCGAGGACAUGACGGAUGAGCCCAUGGAGUUCAGCCCGAUCGAGAACACCAAGCCGAUCAUGGCGCACACUUCCCGCCCGCCGGUGGAGCUGAUGAUGGACGCAUGA